AUGGUCGAUAAAAGCUAUGUUGUUUCGCUGCUCGGAUGUGCUAAUCUCAUCGAAUUGACAUUGCUUGCUGGUGGCUUUAUCGCUGUGUGUAUGACAUCAACUGGUUAUGCUCAACUUGUCGAUUCUUAUGCUAACAUCAUUAAAUAUAAUGUAACUCAGACAUCUGAUGCUGAUUCAACGGCAUUUUAUGAUAUUGAUGUUUAUACAGUCAAACAAGCUGAUCAAGCUAUUUUAAUGAUUAUAUUUGGUUUAACAUUAUUUUCAUUUCUUGCUCAUAUUAUAUUUAGUUUUCGUUAUCGAUAUUCAUGGCAUCGACUGUCGAUUGGCGUAGCUUCCUUAUGUAUUAUCUAUGCAUUUGCUCUAUUUGGCGUGUCAGUUGUUGUUGCUUGUUGGGAAGACAAAUUGAGAAAACGAUUAACACGUAUAUAUUUCAGUAAUCAAUUCAUUGCUACACCAAAUGGUAUUGUAAAACCACAAACUGGUUCAGCAGCAGCUGCAGCUACAUUUGGUUUUGCUGCAUGUCUUAUAUAUCUUGCUGAAGCAUUGAUAAGAUUUCGACGUUUAGCCGAUAAAAUUCAACCAUAA